AUGAAUCAAAGCUAAACCAUUUCAACUCUAAACACAUCCAUUCAAAAGGCCAAAUCUGAUUUUCAAUAGAUCACAACUCAGAAUAGAUCUCUCAUUUCUUAAAUGAAAAUUGAUAAUUCUGAAUACACAGAUUAAUUAAUCAAUUAAAAAUAAAAAAAUACAGUUGUAGAUACUCAAAUCGCCUUGAGUGUGAUUAAGGCUCAGGAAGAAUGCGCUUUGAUAGCUUAAAAAAUCGAAAUUGAAACGAAAAAGAAGUAAGACUUAGAGAAUUUAGUAAAUGCAAUGAAAACUAGUGCAAAAGACAUCUCAAAAAUUGAAAAUACUAAUUCUGGUAGCGAGUUGACUCAAGUUUAAAAGGCAGUUCGAGAUGCAGAAUUGAAACUGUAAUAGAUUCACAUUAAACACAAUGAGUAAUUGGCAGAAGUCGAAGCAGAAAAAGAAUAAUUGAAUCUCAGCAGGAGGGAAAGAGUCAUUUAUUCAACAGUGUUUAAAGGAAUCGAAAAAGAUGCCAUUUUUAAACAAAGAGAAUAUUAAAAUUGUAUUAGAUAAAACGAAUUACUCAAAGAAGAGUAAAAAUUUCUUUAAGACUAACUGAAGUUAAUUAAGGAAUUAGCUGAUAAAGAACAAAAUAAAUUCCAGCAAGAAUAUGAAGCAUUAUUCAAACCAUAAAAGGAUGAUUAAUAAGAGCAAUAAAGCAUGGCAUCUGAUUAAAAAUCUUAGGUUUAAGGACCCUACCUAACAGAAUAGGGUGAUUAGUCAAAACCAAUAUUAAAAGAAAGAAGCGAAUCAUAAUAAGAAUAGAAAGAUGUUGCUUAGUAAGUCCUUGAAUAUGAGGCUUAAUUUAAUAAACUGUAUUUGGAAACUGGAUUCAAUAAUGUAGAUGCAAUAUUGAAAUAAUAUUACAACUAAGAAAUUUGGAUUGAUGAAAUCUAUAAAGAAAUCAAUGAGAUCAAUUAGGAGAUUGAACAAACUGAAUAAAAGAAUGAGAAAAUCUAGUAGUACUUACAAAAGUUUAAAUAAAUGGCAAAAGCUCCGAUCAAAGAAUAGGUGAAUUUGGAAGAUUCCAAGAUUGAAAGGAUUUCUAGAGGAAUUGAUUAAAAUAAAAAGCAAAUCUCUUAAAUAUAACAACAAUAUAUGAGGAUUCAAGAAUAGAUAGGAGUCGAUAUUAUUAAUGAUGAUGAUGAUGAGACAACUCUAUUACCAAAAAUAGAAUAAUUAGAAAAAAUAAUAGACAAUAUUUUAUUAGUUUCAAAUUAAUACAUUCCUAAAUAAGAUCAAAAGAAAUAAAAGAAAGGUGCAGUUAAAUUCGAUGAUGAUAAGAGUGAAAUAUCUGGUACCAAGUAGCAUACAGAAUUAAAAUCAUAAACCGAUCAUUAAAUCGAUUUAGACAUUAUUUUAACAGAAGUUGAGAAGAGAAAAACUCUGGCUGAAUCGAGACAUACGAAAGAAGAAUUGUCAAAAGAAAGUGCUGAUUAGAUGGUGUUAUCUUAAAAUAGAAAAUAGAAUUCCAAAAGAUCAAAGUAUUAACAAUAGCAAUAUUGA